GGGAGAGAGACUGGCACAGGAGAGGAGGACCCAGGUGGACGCAUUCGAGGGAACGAAGAGAAAGCUCUGACCCAGCAGGCGGCCACUAAGACCCAAAGGAGCUGCGCUGAAGGGGCACAGAUCUCUCGGGCUCCAUGGCUGAGAAGGCUGCGGCACAGACAGGGCUGUGGAAAGGGGCCUGUCCCCAGGAUGCCUCGGGCCUCCAGGACAGCUUGUUCUCCUCUGAAAGCGACAAUGGCCUGUACUUCACCUACAGUGGCCAGUCCAACACCCUGGAAGUCAGAGACCUCACCUACCAGGUGGACCUGGCCUCCCAGGUUCCUUGGUUCGAGCAGUUGGCUCAGUUCAAAAUACCUUGGAUGUCUCGCCGCCGCCAAGACUCAUGUGAGCUGGGCAUCCGGAACCUGAGCUUUAGAGUGAGAAGCGGGCAGAUGCUGGCCAUCAUCGGGAGCUCAGGCUGUGGGAGAACCUCAUUGCUGGAUGUGAUUACCAGCCGCGACCAUGGUGGCAAGAUAAAGUCAGGCAGAAUCUGGAUCAACGGGCAGCCCAGCACCCCUCAGGUCGUGAGGAAGUGUGUGGCCCACGUGCGUCAGCACGACCAGCUGCUGCCCAAUCUCACUGUUCGAGAGACUCUGACCUUCGUUGCCCAGAUGCGCCUGCCCAGAAGCUUCUCCCAAGCUCAGCGUGACAAAAGGGUGGAGGACGUGAUCGCUGAGCUGCGGCUGCGGCAGUGCGCCAACACCCGCGUGGGCAACGCGUACGUGCGCGGGGUGUCUGGGGGCGAGCGGAGGCGAGUCAGCAUCGGGGUUCAGCUUCUGUGGAACCCAGGAAUCCUCAUCCUGGACGAACCCACCUCCGGGCUCGACAGCUUCACCGCCCACAACCUGGUGAAAACCUUGUCCCGUCUGGCCAAAGGCAACAGGCUGGUGCUCAUCUCCCUCCACCAGCCUCGGUCGGACAUCUUCAAGCUGUUUGACCUGGUCCUCCUGAUGACGUCCGGCACCACCAUCUACCUCGGAGCCGCCCAGCACAUGGUCCAGUAUUUCACGGCAAUCGGCUACCCCUGUCCCCGCUACAGCAACCCUGCCGACUUCUAUGUGGACUUAACCAGCAUUGACAGGCACAGUCGGGAGCAGGAAAUGGCCACCAGGGAGAAGACUCAGUCACUUGCAGCCUUGUUUCUAGAAAAAGUACGUGGCUUCGAUGACUUUCUGUGGAAAGCAGAGAUGAGGGAGCUUGACGUGGGCACCUGUGCAGCCAGCCAGACCCUCCUGCAGGACCCUGGCCACCUCUCAGUUCCCACAGAGCAGCCUGGGGCGGUGCAGCAGUUUAUCACCCUGAUCCGUCGUCAGAUUUCCAAUGACUUCCGAGACCUGCCAACUCUCUUCAUUCACGGGGUGGAGGCCUGUCUGAUGUCCCUAAUUAUGGGCUUCCUCUACUAUGGCCACGGGGCCAUCAAGCUCUCCUUUAUGGACAUGGCAGCCCUCUUAUUCAUGAUUGGAGCACUCAUCCCUUUCAACGUGAUUCUGGAUGUCAUCUCUAAAUGUCACUCGGAGAGGGCGAUGCUUUACCACGAACUGGAAGAUGGACUGUACACAGCUGGUCCAUAUUUCUUUGCCAAGAUCCUCGGGGAGCUGCCAGAGCACUGUGCCUACAUCAUCAUCUAUGUGAUGCCCAUCUACUGGCUGGCCAACCUGCGGCCGGGCCUGGAGUCCUUCCUGCUGUACUUCCUGCUGGUGUGGCUGGUGGUCUUCUGCUGCAGGGCCAUGGCCCUGGCUGCCGCCGCCAUGCUGCCCACUUUCCACACGUCCUCCUUCUUCUGCAACGCUCUCUACAACUCCUUCUACCUCACCGGGGGCUUCAUGAUAAACCUGGACAACCUGUGGAUAGCGCCUGCUUGGAUCGCCAAGGUGUCCUUCCUCCGGUGGUGUUUCGCAGGGCUGAUGCAGAUCCAGUUUAAUGGAGUCCUAUUUACCACGCAGAUCGGCAACCUCACUUUCUCUGUCCCAGGAGAGAUGCUCGUCAAUGCCAUGGACCUGAAUUCACACCCGCUCUACGCCAUCUACCUCAUCCUCAUUAGCAUCAGCGGAGGCUUCCUGCUCCUCUACUAUAUUUCCUUAAGGUUCAUCAAACAGAAGUCAAGCCAAGACUGGUGAUUCAUGACCGGGCACGGUGGCACACACCUGUAAUCCCAGUGACAAGAGAGGCUGCGGCAGGAGGAUCAAAAGUUUGAGACCAGGCCUCAGCAAUUCAGCAAGAUGCUCAACAACUUGGUGAGACCCUGUCUCAAAAUAAAAAACAAAAAGAAAAGGAACUGAGAUGCAGCUCAGUGGUAAAGUGCCCCUGAAUUCGAUUCCCAGUACCAAUCCCCUUCCUGCAAAAAUUGGUAGUUCAUACCUAGACCCCUGCCUGCUGAUGGGGACUCUUUGACAGCACUCCCUCUCUUCCUCCAAAGGAGCCCCUUCCCGGUGACAAUGAGGCUAAUAAUGAUAAAGAUGCUCAGCUACAUCCAGCCCCGGACUGCAGUGGCACAGGUCAGCCACAGGAUGGCAGUAGAAUAAAGACAGUUGAAAGGAAUUUCUGAUCACUGGCCAGAGUUUGUGAUAGUUGGGAGUGAGAAAACCAGUACUUGGUGGCGCCUACAAUGUUGCUAAUUUAUUUCCUUUGGAUAUGUCUUCACAUAGGCAACUCAGCAUGGGUGGGGAUAAAAUUAGGUAAAAAUUAAGUAGCUGGACUCUGCAGGAAUUACUAGAACCCAAAGUGUACAAUAACAUCAUAUUUUGCAAAAUCUCUAGCCUCAAUUUCCAGUGUCCCCAUAACUCUAUGUUCGGUCACUCUCAAUAUGGAAAGUGACCUAAAACAUAUCAUAUAAAUGCCACUUCUUCUUUCUGUGUGGAGUCAUGGACUCCAAGAGCCAAAAUGAAAAUUAAAGAUUUAUUGAGCAUCUACUCUGUAGCAGGUAUGGUACAAAACACUUUAUGUUGAUGCCAUUAUUCAUUUUCAGAACAACCCAUUUUAUAGGUGAGGACACUGAGAGACAAACUCAGUUUGCCAGGGUUAUAUAAUUUCUAUGCAGCACAGGCAUGUGGGGGGUCAGAAAAGCCUCAGAGGUUUUUAGGAGUUAGCAGAAGGUGAGGCCUUGAACCACUGUAAGGCUUGGUAGCCCAGGAAGGCUCCAGAAGAGCCAGAAGAGAUUGUGUCAGUUCAGCUGUGCCUCAGAGUCACAUCUCAUUGGCCCUGGCUUUAUCUCAGGAGCAACCUUGAACCUCUCACAGUGAUCAGGCCCAGAUCAUAGGUUUCAUGCCUGAGUGCUGAAGACUGUCUGGUUCAAAACAGGCACACAAGAGGGAUUGUUCCCAGUGGAAAAACGAUUGUUUGUAACCAAAAGAAGCAGUAAAGUGAGUGUUUGG